CCAUCUCCCCACGCUAGCAACCACCCCUUCCACAACAACUCUCCUUCCAUGCCACCAUCCCCAUCGACUUCUCCCACUAGCACUCAUACGAGGCUUGUUGCACCUCCACAAGCCGGUAGCCCCCAUGUCGGACGUGUAGUGCCGGCCCAUACACCGGCCUAUCGCCGGUGCUUCGCCCCAACAACAACGAGUAGUGUGUCGGCAUCGGCGUUAGCGAAGCACGCCGACGAGCAUGCCAACAAGCAUGCUAGCGCCAGGCAAGACACUAGCAAGCAUGCUUAG